AUGUUCCAGAUGUUGACUUGCCAUUCGAUUGGUUCGAAUUGGAUCGCUCCAGCUCCAGACAGCCCAUUAUCAGCUGGAGGCACAUGGAAUAAGUUGGGGACGCACGUGGUUCCUCUCCGAUGCUGCCUUCUCGCCCUUGGCUCGCUGUGCGUGUACCUCGGAGCCAAGCAGUACGACGUUUCGGCCGGUGGACCCCUGGGAUCUUUGGCGACUGGAUGUGUAAGUGCCUACUUCUGGAGGGCGCAAGGCUGGACUGAGGCCAACAACCCAGUUCUAAGUGUUUAUAAUGUUAAGUGGAAUCUCUUAGAAGCUGUUCUCUUCGGGUUCGUCGGAGCGGAAGUCGAUGUGUAUGGAACGACGCUUCAGGAUCUGCUUUUUUGUUGUGGGUUCCUCGUCAUCACUCUUUUCAUCAGACUGACCUGCUUCGCUGCCUGUGUUUCACUGAGCGGUAAAUUCAACUGGAAGGAAGUAUGUUUGGGAACGCUGGUCUGGCUGCCUAAAGCUACUGUAUUGGCAGCCCUGAGCCCCCAGGUGAUCGAUAUGUGUCGGAAGGUGUUUGGUGACGAUACCGACGAGACAUCAGACCACUUCCGACGUUCCAAGUUCAUCGUCCUGUCGGCGGUGUUCGACAUGAUCGUCACAGCCCCCGUAUCCUACGUCAUCGUCAACAGGCUAGCGGCGAAGAUGUUGAGGAAGCCCAAGGCGGAGAGCAAAGCCGAAUCCAAGAGUCUAGUCAGGGUGUAGCGAGAGCAUUUUUGUGAUAAAGUUUUUUAAAAUGUAUUUUGAAUCCUACUUAAGAUAUAUACUUAAUUUAUGCGCAAUACUUAAGAAAAAUGUAGUUUAAUCUGGUCCGGAACGAAGAAUUUAUAAAGAUAUGAAGGAUGGAGAGAGGACAAGCUUAAGUCUAAAAAAGUAAACUGUAUUAUAUUUUUACUUUCACUUACCUAUGAAUCACUUUUUUCCAAAAAAAAAUAAAAAAAAUAAUUUUUUUUUCUGGGAAGUUGUCUAUUUAUUUUUAGUUAUUUGGCAAUAAUAACUUCCAAUUGGUAACAAUUGAGUAUAUUUCUAUUAUCAACGUUGCAUAUUAACAAGUUAGUUGACGUUUCUAGAUAUUUAUUCCCAUCUUCAGAACUGC